GUUUCGGGGGUCUACUUCAUCUGCCCCUUGACCGGGGUGGUUGUCAGGAAGGACAGGAAGGAGCAGCACCUGAGGGAAGCCAUCCAGUCAUAUUUCUCCGUAGACCCGGUGGCUGCCUCCAUCAUGGAGAUUCACACCUUCAAUAAGGACCGGGAGAGAGUGCGAGUGGGGCUGGACACUGUGGCCAAGUACCUGGAUAAUAUCUAUCUCCAUCCAGAGGAGGAGAAGUACCGGAAAAUCAAACUGCAGAACAAGGUGUUUCAGGAAAGGAUAAGCUGCUUGGAAGGGAUACACAGAUUUUUCCAGGCUAUCGGGUUUGAGACAAAAACACUGCCUCUUCCAGGACAAGAGACCACAGAGGAGUACUACGUCCUGAAGGAGGACAUGCUGAGCAGGCUGGAAGACCUCAAGCACUACAAAGAGCAGCUGCUGAGCUCGGAGCCCGUGCGAGCCCGGCUGGACCGACAGCUCUGUGUGUUCAAACCAUCCCCUGAAGCCGCUCGGUUUGAGCUGCCCCCUGACUUCUACAACCUCACUGCUGAGGAGCUCAAACGAGAGCAGCGGCUCCGGACAGAAGCAGUGGAGAAGGCUUCAAUGCUGAGGACAAGAGCCAUGCGAGAGAAAGAAGAGCAAAGGGAAAUGCGGAAGUACAACUACACCCUGGUCCGAGUCCGCUUUCCCGAUGGAUAUCUCCUCCAAGGGACUUUUUAUGCACGAGAAUCAGUCUCUGCGCUCUACACCUUUGUGAGAGAAGCACUCAGAGAUGACUGGCUGCCCUUUGAGCUCCUGGGACCUGGAGGUCUCAAACUCACAGAUGAGAACUUGGCCUUCAAUGAAUGCGGGCUGGUGCCCUCAGCCCUGCUGACUCUGGCCUGGGACGCAGCGGUCAUGGCAGACAUCCAGGCGGCGGGAGAGGAGCAGCCACAAAGCCCCCUGAAGCCAGAGAUUCUCGCCAGAGUCCAGAUACUGUCAUGA